GCUGUGGGGCCAGUCGAGAUUUUUUUUAUCUGGCUCGAGCCAAAUAAUAAUUGGCUAUAGCCAGAUAAUAAUUGGCUCGAGCCAGAUAAUAAUUGGUUCGAGCCAGAUAACAAUUGGCUCGAGCCAAUUAUCAAGUAUAAAUAUAAUCUUAGGUUAUGUACCUCAGUCAGUGUGCGGUAUGCAAAUACCUAUAUUGUGUAGUUAAAGUGUGUGUACCUUGCGGAAAAUGUUGUGUGAUGAUUUAACCAAGUACUACUUCCAUUUGGGUCUCAACUAUUUCGAGAUUUUAGAAUGCCCUUUCGCAAUAUAAUAUACAUAUGAGUCUUCGAAGUCUGAAAAGGCACCUUCAAAAACUCCGUUUGUUUCGGAAAAAGCAAUAUACAAUAAAUACGUUGCAGCAGUUUAUCCAAAAUGAGCUGAACGGUUCGGGUUAUUUACAUGGAUACAAAUGGAUGCAUCUCCGAUGCCUUCAAUCUGGUUUUACAGUCAAACAGGAAACUAUUCGCAAUUUGCUGGGAGUUUUGGAUCCUCAGGGUGUAUCUCUAUGAAAGAGAAAAAGAUUGAGAAAAAGGCAGUACUCUAGUAGAGGACCAAACUAUAUUUGGCAUGUGGAUUCGUAUGAUAAAUUGAAGCCCUAUGGAAUAGGAGUAAAUGGAUGUAUAGAUGGUUUUUCCAGAAAAUUAAUUUGGGUAAAAGCAUCCCCGACUAUAAAUAAUCCAAGGGUUAUAGCGGGUUUCUAUUUGGAAGCUGUAAAAGAAUUGCAAGGUUGCCCUUUGACAGUUCGGUCUGAUAUGGGAACCGAGAAUGGAUAUAUAGAGAAUAUGCAGAUAUAUUUACGUCAUGCAAAUCAGAACGUGAAUUCUGGUAGACCAGCUUUUCUAUACGGAACAAGUCAGGCCAAUCAAAGGAUUGAAUCAUGGUGGUCCAUUUUAAGAAAACAUAAUUCUCAGUUUUGGAUAAAUCUAUUUGAAACUAUAAAGGAUGAUGGAUAUUUCUCUGGAACAUUUCUAGAUAAAUCGCUCAUUCAGUACUGCUUUUUGAACAUUAUUCAGGACGAGAUUGAUCAAGUACAGUGUGAGUGGAAUUCGCAUAGGAUUCGAAAAUCGAGAAAUAGCAUGAGUCCCAACGGCCGCCCAUGUAUUAUUUAUGACCUACCAUAUUUAUUUGAAACAACCAAUUUUCUUGUUGAAACAAACAAUAUUGACGUAGAAAAUUGCGAAGAAGAAUGCUUAUUAAUCAGAGACCUGUGACAAAGAUGUGUUUGAUUUGUGUAAUAUCAUUAUGAAAGACCUACAUAUUUCAUUAUGUUACGAGCCUUAUCAGGCUGUUAAUUUGUAUAUUAAAUUGAGAACAGAAAUAUUACGUCUUUUAGAUAGUAUGUAAAAUACAAUCUUCACAAUGUAUCAUUAUCGUUUGCUAAUUAGAUUUAAUUAACAUUCAAUUUUGAAUUAUUUGUAAAUAAAUAGAUUGAUAAUAAUAAAUAAUAUUUACCAAACCCAGGAAUAUUUGUGUCGUGUGAGAUAUUUUUUGGUUGAGAAGACUGGAGAAUGUCCCUGUAUCGCCCUGAAAAAAUCAGCUCAUUCUCGUGCAUUUUUUACGAAAAGAAUAAGUGGUCUUGAAGUACAAUGCAAAAUUUUUUCUUUAAAAUUAAAAUUUAUAGGACAUUUCUGUACAGAAUUAAAUUUUUCAUCGAUU